GAAGAUGCGUAACCAAACUUGGGGAAGUUGUGGCAUAAACCCUAGAUAUUAGGAAAGCUUAAACCCCUCUGUGACAGCAGCUUAGGAUCGCAAAAAAAGAAAAGCAAGAAAAAAAAAAAGUUUCAAUGGCUGGUUCGACGAUUCUAUCGAGAUUAUCAUCGGCUCGGUUAAAUGCGCUUGCUCUCAAGCUUAAGAGCAACAAAUCAGUGUUACCCACGAUUUCUCCAUUGAAACCGAGCUCUCAGUCUCAGGUUUCUUCUUCAGUGAAGCGCAUCACUGGGAUUUCAAGAUUACCAGUGGAGCUGAGCUGCUUAAUGUCAAUGAUGCCAUUACACAGUGCAGUAGCUUCGGCUCGCCUCAGAUCAUUUCUUGCCGUAGAAUCUCAGAGUUGGGGUUUGAUUUCUCAAGGUAUCUCCUUGCCUUUAUAACAGCACACUCUGUUUGUGGUUUGACAAUGGACAAAGAUCUUUGUCAUCACAGUGAAGUGUAGUUCCUUUCUGAAACUUGAAAAAAUCUGUAAGGGUUAAUAAUUUUUCUCAUUGUUUCAUAAUGAUAUGAUGAACGCUGGAAAGUGUUGAUAAAUGGGGAGACAGAGAGACUUGAAUUGUUAUCAAGAAACCAAAUCGAUCUCUCGGAUUGAGCUGAAUCUUUUAUCAGUUUCUGACUAUGUUCCCUUGUUGUCUUGCAUUAUCUUGCAAGGCUUGGUUUUUCUUCCUCGCUGUUCUACUUCUGCAUUUCUAUGAACAUUUGUAAUUUCAGACUGUUGGCAGGAUGAUCUCCAUGCUCUCAAAUGUUGGUAUUGAAUUUCAGGUUCUGAACGUUUUUUGGUCUUAA